CUCAGGCAAGCAAUUUAGUGCCUGCAAGGUUUUGGCCAGAUCCACAUGCCUAUUCUUGGUACCCAUCUAUGUUACUUUUAUUUUCCCUGUCUUUGUAGACGAUGUUACUUUUAUUUUCCCUGUCCUUAACAUGAAUUUAUUGCUGCAAACUGGGAUUACUAUUUAGUUUAGCUUUGCUUAUGAAUGCUAAAUUUGCUGAUUGGUUUAGUUACUUGGUUUUCCAGACUUUGUUGCAAUGCACUGAUGCCUUGUAUUGCUUUAUGUUAAGAGGGAUGGCAUGAUUCUUUACAUGCGUUUGAUGGUUCUGAUUGCCAUGGUUUAUUAUUAUUUGUUAGGUAGGAUCCAAGGUUCGGUAAAAACAAAAACAAAAAUCACCAUUAAUGCGGUAAAAACAAAAACAAAAAUCACCAAUAAUGCGGAUAAUGCGGGGCAAUAUUAUAAGACGACAUUAAUGCGGUAAAAACAAAAAAAAAAAUCACCAAAAAAAAAUCACCAAUAAUGCGGAUAAUGGGGGGCAAUAUUAUAUUACAAAAACCCUAAACCAUAAUGCGGAUAAUGCGGGGCAAAAAUCACCAAUAAUGCGGUAAAAACAAAAACAAAAACCCUAAACCAUAAUGCGGAUAAUGCGGGGCAAAAAUCACCAAUAAUGCGGUAAAAACAAAAACAAAAACCCUAAACCAUAAUGCGGAUAAUGCGGGGCAAAAAUCACCAAUAAUGCGGUAAAAACAAAAACAAAAACCCUAAACCAUAAUGCGGAUAAUGCGGGGCAAAAAUCACCAAUAAUGCGGUAAAAACAAAAACAAAAACCCUAAACCAUAAUGCGGAUAAUGCGGGGCAAAAAUCACCAAUAAUGCGGUAAAAACAAAAACAAAAACCCUAAACCAUAAUGCGGAUAAUGCGGGGCAAAAAUCACCAAUAAUGCGGUAAAAACAAAAACAAAAACCCUAAACCAUAAUGCGGAUAAUGCGGGGCAAAAAUCACCAAUAAUGCGGUAAAAACAAAAACAAAAACCCUAAACCAUAAUGCGGAUAAUGCGGGGCAAAAAUCACCAAUAAUGCGGUAAAAACAAAAACAAAAACCCUAAACCAUAAUGCGGAUAAUGCGGGGCAAAAAUCACCAAUAAUGCGGUAAAAACAAAAACAAAAACCCUAAACCAUAAUGCGGAUAAUGCGGGGCAAAAAUCACCAAUAAUGCGGUAAAAACAAAAACAAAAACCCUAAACCAUAAUGCGGAUAAUGCGGGGCAAAAAUCACCAACAUAAAACGUAUAUAAAACCCUCCCAAUUAAAAAAGAUCAUCAAAACCAUGGCUGGUUGUGGUUCUCCCUGUGGAGCCUGCAAGUUCUUGAGAAGAAAAUGUGUGACGGGGUGUAUUUUUGCGCCUCAUUUCUGCUAUGAAGAGGGAGAUGUUGAUUUUUCUGCCGUCCACAAGGUUUUUGGCGCAAGCAAUGUGUCGAGGCUUUUAGUUCACCUUCCGUUGAGCGAUCGAUGCAAGGCCGCAAUGUCGAUAUCAUAUGAAGCUCAAGCCAGGAUUCAAGAUCCCAUAUAUGGAUGUGUUUCACAUAUUUUUGCUCUCCAACAGCAGGUGGUCAACUUACAAGCACAGUUAGCUUUCCUCAAGGAUCAAGCAGCUCAAAGCUUUGUCAAUGGCUCAAACCCUAAUCAAGCAGCUCAAAGUUGGAAUUAUGAGAAUGGAAUUAUGAAUUCAAAUAACUCUGUUAAUGGGAGUUAUGAAAAUUUAGUGAAUAUCCCAGAAGAGGGCACUUCUCAUUCCAUGUCUUCUUUUGGCAUGCAAACAAAUUACAACAGGCAAUGGGGUUUUCAGGAUGCUGAUGAGCUUCAAUCAGUGGUUUCCAGCUACAUUCACCAUCGAUGAGUAUAUUGGGAUGAAUAUAACUUUGUAAUAUGUAUAUGGAACUCCUUAUUUAUCUUUUGAAUGAAAGCUUUGUAUUC